CUCUCUCUCUCUCUCGUGCUUUCUCCUGCGAAAGAUAGGGUGGCUGGUGCUUCGUACGAUUGGAAACGAUGAGGAUUGAAGUAGUGCCGUUGUUAGCUCUGCUCGUGGCGAUUUGCAGCGGAGCUGCCUCACAAGCCGCCCCGCCUCCUGUCACUGACGCUGCUCUAACUCAAGUGGCCGCUUCUCUGCAAAUGUUCGUGGAUGAACUCCCACAGAUGCCCAAGCUCUAUGGCUUUUCCUUACGAGCUGGAAAGCCCGCGCCUGGAAACCUCGUCGUUGGCAUGUUUGAAAAGAAAUGGAAAUUUCACCGCGAUUUGCCAGCAACGACAGUCUUCGCUUUCGGGACAAGCGCAGAAGACGCAACCGUGCCCGGUCCCACAAUUGAGGCCAUCCAGGGGAUACCGGCAUACGUGACGUGGCAAAAUCACCUCCCUCAAAGCCACAUACUCCCGUGGGAUCCCACCAUCCCCACCGCAAUCCCCAAGAACGGUGGGGUCCCAACCGUGGUGCACCUCCAUGGUGGAAUUCACGAGCCACAGAGCGAUGGUCACCCCGAUGCCUGGUUCACCUCCAACUUCAGAGAGACCGGGCCCACCUGGUCCAAAGCCACCUAUAGCUAUCCAAACGUCCACCACUCAGGGAAUUUUUGGUACCAUGACCACGCAAAAGGAUUGACACGUGUCAACUUGCUAGCUGGCCUGAUUGGACCUUACGUCAUCCGCAACCCAGUCCUAGAUGCCUACCUGAACCUUCCCUCCGGCCCUGAGUUCGACCGGCACCUGAUGAUCUUCGACCGGAGCUUCAAUAGGGACGGUUCCCUCUACAUGAACUACACCGGCGUUGUCCCGUCCAUCCACCCUCAGUGGCAACCGGAGUACUUCGGCCAUGCCAUCGUCGUUAACGGCAAGGCCUGGCCCUACCUGAAGGUACAGAGGCGGAAGUACAGGUUCAGGAUCAUCAACGCCGCCAACGCACGAUAUUUCUCGUUGUCAUUAAGCAACGGCCUCCCAUUUAUCCAGGUGGGAUCCGAUGGGUCCUACCUUCCGUCACCGGUGCAAACACAGACUGUGGUCUUAGCACCCGCCGAGAUUGCCGAUGUGAUCAUUGACUUCUCAACUUCCAGCGUCAAUGAGAUUGUAGUGAACAAUAAUGCACCCUAUCCAUACCCAGGCGGUAGCUCUGUGGAUCAGCUCAACUCCAAGGUAAUGAAGUUCAUAAUUGCACCGGGCAAGCCGAAGGUACCAGAUACCUCCAAGAUCCCAACCAGUCUAGUGAGUUACCGGGCGACGCCGACGGUAGAUGGUGCGGUGAAGAAAAGGUACAUAGUGUUCUACGAGUACAUGACCCCUUCCGGGGAUCCCACUCACUUCUUGAUAAACGGUAAAAAGUUCUCCGACCCAGUGACGGAGACACCGAAGUCCGGUAGCACAGAGGUGUGGGAGGUGAUCAACUUGACCGGGGACGACCACCCAUUACACGUACACUUGGCAACAUUUCAGGCGAUCAAAGUGCAGGACCUGGUGAAUGUGGCCCAAUUCAAUAGCUGCAUGACAACCAAAAACGAUGCCAUCGCCUGCAAUGUAGCGUCAUAUGUCACCGGAAAAUUGACAGAGGUACCUCGGAAUGAAAGGACGUGGAAGAACAUAGUGAAGAUAGCGCCGAAUACCCAAACAACCGUCGUCAUCAAGUUUAAUCUGGUCGACACGAAUUCUCCUUUUCCAUUUGACGCAACUGCAGAACCCGGAUAUGUCUACCAUUGCCAUAUUCUGGAUCACGAGGAUAACGUCAUGAUUCGGCCAUUGAAGUUGACUUCCUGAAGUUUGAUGACAUGAGAGAACUGCUUGACCUUGAGUUUCUCUACUUUUUUCUUUUCAGUGUGCUUGUGAGUCGUCUGAGGUUAAAUAAGUGCACGAUAUGAUCCAUGUAAUAGCACAAAUUACAGAUUACAGAUUACGGAGACUUAAUUGGUGGAAUGAUGAUGAUUUACUGUUUUACAAAGCAAGAAACAGCUCCCUCUUGAUUUGUAUAUUUUUAUCUACAAUUACAAGCAAAAGGAAUAAAACACAAAUUUUGGC